AUGAGGGAGGAUAUUGAAUUGGAGUUACAAGCGUUAAGAAAUCAAAUGCUAACAAUGCAAAGUAUACACAGCUCUGAAAAACUGUGCAUUCUCUCUAUUGACAACAUGUGUGGCAUUCUGGUGGUGAAAACUUUGGAGGAGGCAUUACAAAGAAAGAGCGAGAAUCUAGAUGCUCUGCCAGUUUUUCUCUACAAGCCAGAAAAUUUCCAAGACGUUUUACGCUAUGCCAUUUUCUUGUGUGAGUUCGAGGAAAAGGAGAUAGACAGCAUUGAAAAGAAAUUGGGUGAUUCAUUUUUGGAUGAAGAUAUAUCAUUAGUUGCAGAGAAGAUGAGCAUUGUAGACUUCUACUGUGUUAUGCAUGUGCUCAAGGGUUCUUCUCUGGAUGGAGGAGUUUAUUUUCAAUGUGCAGAAAAUAUUGUUUCCGUUUGUGGUUUGGUUAGAGAAUUACAGGAAGGCCCUAACAAGGAAUCGAAAGGCAUGAAGAUGAAUGGCCUGCACGCAGUGAUGGUGCCUUACCCUGCGCAAGGCAGUAUCAAUCCUCUCAUUAAUUUGGCCCAGCUGCUCUCUUCACAAGGGGUCUUCAUCACCUUCGUCAACACGGAGUGGAGUCACCAGUGCAUGUCCAAAGCAGCUCAUAAUGAUGAUGAACUCUCCACUUCCACAUUUAAGUUUCUCAACAUUCCAGAUGGGUUGCCGCCAGACCAUGGUCGCCUCGCCAACCUUGCCGAGUACGUAAUCGCAAUACAAAAGCUUGGCCCGGUGUUGGAGCAUCAUUUGCGGUGCGGCUUAGCGGAGGGAACUCCUCCCAUCACCUGCAUUAUAGCAGAAAAUUCCAUGUCUUGCACUCACGAAGUGGCCUACAAGCUGGGAGUGCCCCGAGUCAUCUUCUGGACAGUGUGCGCCGCCUCUUCUAUUGCUCACUGCAACUCCAACCUUCUUCUCUCCCGCGGACAUAUUCCUGUCAAAGUGGAGGAAUCGAAGAGGCCAGACAAAGUGAUAACUUGUUUGCCUGGUAAUCUUCCGCCUGUGUUGCCGACCGAUCUGCUUUCCUUCUAUCGCGCUGCUGACACAUCGGACAUUUUCUUUCAGUGCUGUCUCUAUGAGUCCCAAUUUCAAAGUAAGGCAGACUAUGUGCUGGUCAACACGUUCGAUGAACUGGAAGCCCCUGAGACGGUAAGCGCACUGUCCUGUAAUGGCUGCCCCGCUUUAGCAGUAGGGCCUGUAUUUCUUCCCAAUUUUUUGGAAGGGAGGGAUUUAAACGGGCGUGCGAGUCUGUUCGAGCAGGAUGAUAGCUGUCUUAAAUGGCUUGAUGCCCAUCAGCCGGCUUCUGUGAUAUACGUUUCCUUCGGUAGCAUCGCCGUCAAAUCAAACGAGCAGCUAGAGGAGCUGGCAAUCGGGUUGGAGAAAAGCCAACACCCCUUUCUAUGGGUUCUGCGAAUGGAUAUUGCGGGAGGUAUGCCUGCAACUCUACCCGAAGGUUUUGAAGAGAGGACAAAAGAUCGAGGACUGAUUGUGAAAUGGGCGCCUCAGGUGAAGGUUCUGUCCCACCCUUCUGUAGGAGGGUUUCUUACGCACUGCGGGUGGAACUCCUGUUUGGAGAGCAUGAGCUUCGGAAUUCCAAUGCUUGGAUGGCCCUAUUUCUGUGAUCAGUUUCUCGACUGCCGCUUCUGCAAAGAUGUGUGGAAGAUAGGCAUGGACUUGGAGGGCGUUGAUGUUGAUGAAAAUCUGGUAGUUAAGAGGGAGGAGAUAGAGAAAGGCGUGAGAAGACUGAUGGAAGCGGAGGAGCUGAGAAAAAGGGGCAUGGGGUUGAGGGAGGCUGCAUUUAAAGCAGUUGAGCAUGGAGGUUCUUCUUCACUCAACUUGAACAGAUUUCUUCAUGACAUGACAAAACUUUGCCAAUCGGCUUCUGUUAAAACGGCGUAG